AUGAAUAAUAAAUAAAAAGAAGCACAAUACUCUUAACAUCCAUCAAUAAGGAAUUUAUUUAUUACUAAAUAAGAUAAAUCAAUUGUAAAGGAAUUUUCUGAAACAUCUGAUAUUAACUUAAAUAAUCGAAAAAAAUUAGUUAAACUCUAAUAAAAAUACGGAGAUUAACAUAGUUAAUAUGCUUUGGGAAUUAAAAUCAUAUAGAAAAAGAAUAAUUGUAAAAAAAUAAUAGUGAACUAUAAUUGCGAUCAAUCUGCUAUACCUUUAUCUUAAAUUAUUAUACCUGAAUUGCCAUCUUAAGUUAAAUCCACUAUACCUUAAUCUUAAGUUAGUCCCAUUUUACCUUAAUCCUAAGAUAAAUACAAAAUACCAAAACUCUAAAUCUAAAUAUUUAGAAAUUUGUACUAAAUUUAUGGAUUUUUAAACACAAAUAACAUUUACCAUAGAAACCUAAAACCUAAUAAUAUCAUUUUAUAUAAUAACUAAUUAUUUCUUACGGAUUUUUGUCACAUAGAAGGAUAAUGGUUUACCGAUUAAAUCAAUUUUUAUGGUCAAUAAAAUAACAGUGAUCAUCAAAAUAAUACAAAUCCAUAUCUAUCGCCAGAAAUAUAAGGCAUAAUUGCUAAGUAUAAAUAAACUUAAGUUGAAGAUUAUAAUGCUUUAUAAAAUAGGGAUUAAUUAUCUGUAAAAAAGCAGGAUUAAUUUGCAAUUGCAAUUAUGAUGUUAGAGGUUUUUAAAACUUUAGAAAAUAGGGAUUUAACUUCUGUUUAAAUAAGAUAACAAGAGAUUAAUGAAUUAAUUUUAUCUUAGUUUACAGAAGAAGACGCAAAAUUCAUUAAAAAUACAAUAUCUGGCUUAUUAGAAUUAAGUGAAUUCAAUGAAAAAGAUUAUAAUGAUAACUUAAAUAAAAUUGAAUAAAUAGAAAAAUAGCUUGAUAAUUAUCAGAUUAAUAAAUAAGCCUUAAUGAAUUAAAACUAUAAGAAUUUAGUUAAAUAGUUGUUGGAAAAUAACAAAAUUAAUUUUGAUUUGAAAUUACUUUUUUUUUUUACUAAAUAAGAAUUAAACCAUUUAUCUAUUUAACAUGUAACAAAUUAAAAAUUAAAAUAAGAGAUAAAAAGAUUUUUUAGGAUCUAUGAAGAUAUUGAUAAAGGAAGAUUAAAUGAUAUUAAGGGAUUAAAGGAAUAUGAUUUAUUAUUGAUUAGUUUAAUUUAUUUGGAUGAUUAAAUAUAAUCAUUACAAAAAAGUAAAAGUAUAAUGUCCGAAGAACUAUUACGAUAUCACAUACUGAAAAGAGAACUGAGAGAAUAUUAUGAUUAAUUAAAUAAAAUGUAAUAAAGUGACUUUACAUUUAAUACUAUCUAAUAAGCAGAUAUACAAAUAAAUCAAAAUCAAAAUUAAAAUAAUCUUUAACCAUAAAAUAUAAACAAUAUCUAAAAUUAUAAUCUCUAAUAAGCAGAUAUAAAAAUAAAUGAAAAUCAAAAUCAAAAUAAUCUUUAACCAUAAAAUAUAAACAAUAUCUAAAAUUAUAAUCUCAAACGCUAUUAUUAAUUUAUGAGGUGUAUUAGAUAAAAAAUAGAUAAUAUUUAUCAAUGUAAAGGUAAUUCUAAUGAGAUAUAUAUUGGUAAAAUUGAAAACAAUAAUAUUUUCACUGGUGAAAUGAUAUAAUUAGAAGAAGAAAAAAGAAAGGAUAAAUAAGAAGAAAAAGUUGUAUUAAUCAAGCACUUUUUUAAAAUAACAUUAGACAAUAUGGAAAUUAAAAGCAUAAAAGACUAAUAACCUAAGUCAUAAAUUAUUUAUUUCAAGGAAAGUAAACAUCCAGGAAAUUUUAACAAAAUUAUUGAAUAUAUUGGUGAAAUUAAAAAUGGGAAAAAAAAUGGAAAGGGAGAAGAAAAAAAUUUCAUUAACAAUAUGUCCUAUGUUGGGGAAUGGAAAAAUGAUUAAAUGUUCGGAAAAGGAACUAAGAAAAUAAUAAAUACUGAAUUUACACCUUUAAAUAGUCCCUAUAAAUGGAAAGGAACAUUUGUAAAUUCUUAAUUAAAUGGGGAUAAAAUAAAGACAUAUUUAUUAGAUCGUAAGAGAAAAAUUUGGUUAGAGGGAAAAUAUCAAAAUGAUUAUAAAAUAAGGACUCAUAUUUGUUAUGAGAAAAAACAAGGAAAUAAUAAAAAUGAUGUUCUUUACAAAGCUUACUAUGUAAAUUGUUUUCAGAAAGAAUAUUCAUUUUUUAGGUAGAUUAAUUGA